UUCCCGACCGGAGAACCAACUCAUCGAGAAAACGAGAGCAGCAGGGGUCCACGGUUCCCAAUCGGUGAAUCUACCUAUCGAGAAAACGAGAGCAGGAGAGGUCCACGGUUCCCAACAGGAGAGGCAACUUAUCGAGAAAACAAAAAUUUCACCUUCGAACGGCCCGAAAGCCAACCAUUCCGACCACCACAAGAGUUUCGCCGUGGACAAGCGUCAAAUAACGGAGCCAACUUUAAUAAACCCCGCGGAGGUCAGGUUCAAAAUCGUCGAAAGCCCGUACGAAAAAUGCGCUCGGAUGACCAGAAUGAGCAUGAUAAGCCCUUAAGAGAGAGCCUCAUGAAUCAGCUGGAAAGCAACCGUUAUGAGUGCGCUAUAUGUUGCCAAAUAAUUCAUGCCAGACAGGGUAUCUGGUCCUGUAAGACAUGCUAUCAUAUGUUCCAUAUUUCUGGUGGUUGUAUAAUCAACUGGGCUAAGAAAAGCAAGGAGGACGACAACAAGUGGAGAUGUCCUACCUGCCAAACGAAAUAUGAAACAAUUCCAUACAAUUACUUCUGCUUCUGUGGUAAACAGCGGAAUCCAACUGUUACCAUGGGCGAAAUACCUCAUUCUUGUGGCAACGUCUGUGGUGGCCAACGUGCUCCAGGUUGCCCUCAUCGCUGUAAUGAACCCUGUCAUCCGGGACCGUGUCCAGAAUGUCCGGUAAUGCUUACUCGUCGAUGCAAUUGUGGUAACAUACAAAAGGCUGUUCGCUGUGGUACAAUUGCUGAAGUAAAGAAUGGAGUACUUGAAAAUUGUAGUGCGACAAGGUCUGUGAUCGAUUGCUUGCCUGUGGUGAUCACCGCUGUAAAGGAGUUUGCCACGAAGGUGAUUGUGAGCCAUGCGAAGUGGUAA